UCAUCCAUUUUCUUUUCUUGAUUAAAGAAGACAAAACUGAUACCUAAUUAAUUAAUCACACCACUGGCACUAAUUAACAUUUAAUCACCUUCGUAGGCCUGGUACGACGACUUUUGGGUCAUUUAGAACUUUUCAUGUCAAAUCGUUCACUAUAAAAGCACGUCAACUCUUUCUUUCCCAAGUUGUUAUCACCUUUCCCUCCCUCUUGUUGCAGAUUAAAAAUGGAUUUGAGAGAAUCUAUGAAGAAGCAAAACGAACUCGCCAUGUUCCUUGCGAGGCACGUCUUCUCUUCAGAGGCCAAAAAACACUCUAACAUCGUCUUUUCACCUGCCUCAAUAUACUCCGCUCUAACUCUAGUGGCUUCUGCUCCCAGCGAACCCUCGGUUGCCGAUGAGAUCCUCUGCUUCCUGAAGUCUUCGUCCACCGAUGAGCUCAACGCUGUCUUCACCGAGAUCGUUUCCGUCGUCUACACUGGCGGUAACGCCAACGGCGGGCCAGAGAUCUCGUCGGUCAAUGGCGUCUGGAUCGAGAAAACUCUCUCCCUUGACCAUAAGUUCAAAUAUCUAUUGGAGAAUUUCUUCAAAGCUGCUUUCAAACUCGUAGAUUUUAUAUCAAAUGCCGAAGAAGUGCGUAUGGAUGUGAACUCAUGGGUUCAAGAAAGCACCAAUGAUCUCAUCAAGGACCUUCUUUCUCCUGGUUCCGUUACAAACGAAACCGAACGUGUUUAUGCGAACGCAUUGUACUUCAAGGGCACUUGGCAAACCCCAUUUGAUGACUACGAUACUCGCAAGAGAAAGUUUAACCUUCUCAAUGGCUCGACAGUGCCUGUGCCAUUCAUGACAAGUGAUGAGGACCAAUACAUAGCUGCUUACGACGGUUUCAAGGUUGCUAGACUACCUUUCCAGGGAGGCCGUGGUGAUACCAAUCGCACGUUCGCUAUGUAUUUCUAUCUACCCCGCAAGAAAGAUGGGUUGGAUAAUCUUGUGGAGAGAAUAGCAACCACUCCUGGAUUCUUGGAUGCUCACAUUCCGGGUCGUGAAGUUAAAGUUGGGACAUUCAGAAUCCCAAAGUUUGAGAUCUCGUUCGGUUUCUUGGUUUCGGAGGUUUUUAGUCAGUUGGGACUGGAUUCAAAUAAAUUGUACCACAAAGCUUGUAUUAGGAUAGAUGAAUCAGGCGUUGAAGCUGCGGCUGCCACUGCUGAUGAAGCCUGUGGCUGCUAUCUUGGUAUGGAACCUCCGAAGAGGAUAGAUUUUGUGGCUAAUAAACCAUUUCUUUUCUUGAUUAGAGAAGACACAACUGGAACUGUUUUGUUUGUUGGUCAAAUCUUUGAUCCCUCCCAGUCUUCAUAGGCUCCCAUUAGCAAAAACAUAAGUUCAUUUGGUCUCUGUUUUAUCUAUGUUUUCCCUAAGUUUUAGGAGCUAUGAAUGACUCCAUCGUAGUACCUGUAAUUUUGUGGUUUUGGUGGAAAAUGUAUAUUACAGUUUAGCGAGAAAAUGUAAUUUUGGAGUUUUGUUGGAAAAAUAUAAUUAUGCAGUUUCGGAGGGAAAAUAACGGAAAUGAGAUUUUGCGGUUUUGAUGGAAAAUGUGUUUUACGUUUUUUUUCAAAAAUUGUGAUUGCGACAAAAUGUGUUUUUUGAUUUUGAUGGGAAAAUGUAGUUUUACGGUUUUGACGAAAAAUGUUUUUUGCGAUUUUGAUAGGAAAAAUUAGUUUUAUAAUUUUGACGGAAAAAGGCUUUUACAGUUUCAACAGAAAAAAUGAUUUUGCGGUUUUUGCGGGAUAUGUGAUUUGGUGUUUUUUGCAUUGUUGGCAAGAAAAUGUAAUUUUGUGAUUUUUGCGGAAAAAUAUUUUUGCAUUUUUGGCAAAAAAUGUUAUUUGACGGCUUUUUGAAGUUUUGACAUGAGAAUGUAGUUUUAUGAUUUUGAAGAAGUGUAUUUUUACUCUUUUGACGAAAAAUGUGAUUUUACAGUUUUGACUGAAAAAUGUAAUUUAACGGUUUUAGAGUGAAAAUGUGAUCAUCUUCUGUACACAACACAACACAACAACAAGGAGAAAAAUAAAAUAAAAAUAAAACACAAAUCACCUCAAUGAACAUGAAAAUUUAUAAUCUUAAAUUUGUUUUAUACAUUUUUUUCCUUGGGAGACUGUGGUCAAUGAAAUGAUUAAACCAAGAUUAACAUGCUUUAAUUACAUGACUAAUUAACAUUAAAUCACAAAUCAGAAACUCUGGUGAGGAAUUGGAGUUGCCUAAGGAGAGGACUGAGAGUCUCCAUGAGUUUCUCACAAGGAUGAUUAUGAACACCUUCGUAGGUUGUUACGACGACUUUUGGAUCUUUUGCCAAUCUCUGCACUUGUUUCUUCACGUUGCAUGUAUGGUAGGUGCAUCUAUAAUAGCUUCUGCAAUAUUUUUGUUGUUGCCAACCCCAAUGAAUAAUGAAUCAAUCCAUAUAUGAUACUGUAUUAAUGAAGCUAUCGGGAUAGUUUAAUGAAGCUAUGUUAAAUCUUAUACAACAAAAUUCAUAUGAUCACGAGGUUUUAUUCGCGAUAAAUAUUUCAGAAACCAGAUCCAUGUAAUAUUGGGUAUUGAUUAUGUAAAUGUUUUACAAAAAUAGAUUAAGUACAUCCAUUUUUAAUUUAAGAACUGACUAGAUCUCGACCCGUACAACUGUGCGGAUUUCUUAUUUCUAUACUAAAAUAUUUUAGUUUAUAUAACAAAAUUUACCAAUAACUUAAUGUAAUUUAGUGUUAUAUAUUAUGUAAUUCUAUAAUAGCUAUGUUUACGUGGUUUAUAUAUUAUUACUAUAAAUUUUGUAUUUUUGUAACAAAAAUUAUUUUAGAAACUUUAUUAUGUAACAAUAUUAAUUUACAUAUUUUUUAUUUAAAAUUUAAAAUUUAUAUGAAAGCAAAUUAAAUUAGAUCUAUAUAGUAGAGAAGAUUUUUUUUAAAAUACUGUAAAAAAUUUCUUUUAAAGAAAUACUAUAAUACAUUGUACUUCAAAAUAAGUUUGUCGUAAACAUCAUAUUUGAGAAAUACACUAAGUUGGAUAAAAUAUCUUCUUUGAAUUUGAAAUAAAAAUGAAUCUUUCAACAAAAUCUUUGUAAUUUUUAUUUUUGAAAAUUAAUCAGAUGGAAUUGUUAUUAUCAUUGAAUAUAUAAUUAUAAUACUCUGUAUAAUUUUAAAUUUUCAUAUAUAAAUCAAAACUAAAAUAAACUUUAAUUUCUAAUUAUAGUUUAUGAUAAAUAAAUUAAAAUUAAUUACUUUUGUAUAUACAAUUUAAAAUAAUUCUGAAAAUGUUUUUAAAAGAUUUUGUUUAGAACUUUCUUUAAAAAAAUCAUUUGUAUUCAAUUAUAAAGAUAAAUACUACAAUAUUAUAAACAAAAUAUUGGGUAUUAUUGGGUAUUGAUUAUGUAAACCAGAUCCAUGUAAUAUUGGGUAUUGAUUAUGUAAAUGUUUUACAAAAAUAGAUUAAGUACAUCCAUUUUUAAUUUAAGAACUGAUUCCUCAGUUAAAAUUUGGGUUACUUUCGAUAUGCAUAACAAUUAUCUAAACUACAGACUUAGAGCUUGAUUGGUUUCCCCGCUACCACCCGCAAACGCAGCUUUUGCGGUUGGUAGCGGUUGACAGCGUUUCAAAACAAUCAUACAAACCGCUACAAAUCGCUUCAAACCGUUCCGAACCUCUUAAAUUCAAAAGCUGAUUCCAGCUAGCGUUUGCGGUUGCGGGCGGUUGCGGGAGGAUAAUUUUUUUUUAUUUUUUUUUAAAACCAUAUAAAUACAAAAAUAAAAAUA